UGCUGGCUUGACUCAACAGGUUCAAGUAUUGGUUGAAUCUUUUAGUUUUUUAAACCUUUAUCAGAAUAAUACAAUUUUAAAUGACAACGGUAGAAUAGAUCGAUGAGACAUUUUAAUAACAUAGAGGCAAUGAAAACAGUAUAUUGUGCAAAUGUUAGAGGUAUAUUGGAGUAUGCAUCCGCAGUAUGGUCCCCAUCAUAUAACUGCCAUAAACAAAGUAUUGAACGAGUUCAAAGAAAAUUUUUUAAGUGGGUAACUUUCAAGUUGAGACUACCGUUGAUAUCUGAAAAUUAUAAUCAGGAACAGAUCGGUCUUAAAGCAUUAGAAUUGAGAAGAAAAAACUUCGACAUUAUGCUUAUUUUCAAACUGAUUAAUAACUUCACCGAUUGUAAGUAUCUCUUAAGCAGAAUAGGUCUUAAUUGCAGGACUGUCCAUUUGAGAUCUAGAGAAGUGUUUCACAUAAGCUUCACACCAACUAACAAUAGUCUUAACAGCCCUUUAACCAGAUCACAACGGCUAGCGAAUAAUUGCCAGGUCGACAUCUUCUCAACUACAAUAUUUGCUCUGAAAAGACACUUUGAGUCGCAAGUUUUAAAUUAUUAGGAACAAGCUCGUUUGAAUAUAAGCUCAUUUAUGUUAUAAACCUUUUCCACUUUUCUCAUAUCACAUG